AAGGGAAAAAGAAAGGAAACGGGAAAAAGGAAGCAAAACACUGCACAGGUCUAGUGGAAAAUGGCGGAGGCGGCGAGCUCCAGCUCCGGCACCUAGCUCACGCGCAGCUCAUCGACCCCGCCGCGGUCCCCGGAGACCCCGCGCCGCGGCCGGCGACCGCCACCAGCUCUACCGACCGGCGGCUCCACGAUCUCUCCACCCAUCCCGUUCUCCCGCUAGGGUUUUCCCCGAUCCCCAAUCUCUGCAGAGUUUACAAUGGCUUCAUCACAACAUGUUGAAGUGGAGGCUGCGAAGCUGCUUCAGAAGCUCAUUCAGGAGUCCAAGGAUGAGCCUGCCAAAUUAGCAACUAAACUUUAUGUGAUAUGUCAACAUAUGAAGUUAAGUGGAAAAGAGCAGUCUUUGCCAUAUCAGGUCAUAUCUAGGGCCAUGGAGACUGUUGUAAACCAACAUGGAAUUGAUAUGGACGCACUGCGAUCAUCACGAGUUCCAUUUGCUGGCGGUCCGCAAGCAGUAGAUUCUAGCGGUGUUCUGUCAAAGGACAAGGAGAUCAUUGGUAGUCAGUCUCCCAUGGUUGGAAGUGAUGCAUCCCAGGGUAGCGGGCAAGCUGCACCAUGGCAGUUUCCAUCAGGUUCAACAGAUAUGACAAGUCAUGGGGUAUAUAUUCCAGGGAGGGUUCCAACAGGACAAAAUAGAGGCGAUGUCGCAGGAUCUGAUAUUCAUCAAGGCUCCAUGUCGCAAAAGAGUGGUAGGUCCUCUGGAAUUGAAAGCCCAGCAAGUCUGCAAAUGGAGGACACUAGAUCUAUGAACUCACAUGAUUCUUUGAAAUCCGAUGAAAAAACAAGCAAGAAAGCUUCCUCAUCCAAGCGAAAAAGGAUGGAUUCAAAAGCAACAGGGGAUAUGCAAUCUGAAGACAACUCAAAAUCAGAUGCUAUCUCUAGUGGACAAAAUAUUAGAAAAAAGAAACAACUUGGCAAAGGUGGUACACAAGGUCAGCCUUCCAAGGGAGUCGAGCCUGAGCAAUCACAUUUACUGCACGGUGGUACUGCUCAGGUGCCACCCUUACCUGGUGGUGCAUCUUUUAUCAGGGCUCACCAGGAAAGUUCACCAGCUUCUGCUGGGAGGAGUAUUGACAAUACUAAACCAUCAAAUCCAUUCGCAAUGUCACAAGUUCCAAAUUUUGCUGAAGGGCUGGCUUCUGGUAGUAUCCCCGCCGAGUUGCAAAAAAGUAUACUGGGAGGUGCAAAUAUGUUUAAUUCUGGUUUUGGCUGGAACCAAAAUCCACAAGGUUCAGUCAUUAAGAACACUCAAGGGCCUGUUGCCACCUUAAUGCGGCCAGGAGUUAAUGUGGAAGGGAAAAUUAAUGUAGGGUUACAAGGAGCUUUCAACCCUACUCCUGCAUCACAAAUGGAUUUCCCCGCUAUCUCUCCUUACAUGUCUUCAUCCUUUGGAGGUGGCUCACAGUUUCUGGACAAGGGCAAGGACUUGGCUUCUGGAAAUACUGGCACUGAACUUCAUUCUGCUGCUAAAGUUGGAGUUAACAUGGGUAUCACACAUGGCAUUCCAAUGCAAGAAAGGCAAUAUAUUAACAGAGCACCACAGAGGGUAGAAUCAUCUUCGCAAGAAGGCAGACUGUCUUCACUCCCAAAUAGAAAUGUUGGGCCAUAUCAAACAUCUCGCACCUCUCCAAACACGCCAUUCAAAGAACAACAGUUAAAGCAGCUCAGAGCACAGUGCUUAGUAUUUCUUGCAUUCAGAAACAAUAUGCCACCUAGAAAGGUGCAUCUUGAAAUUGCCUUAGGUAUAUGCCCCCCUGCGGAAGGUGGUGGCAUAGGUCAGAGAGGCAAUGAGAGCAGAGUAGCCGAUGGUUCUGCAAGGGAAAAUGGAAACAGUCAGGAAAUCUCUGCUACUUUUGGUAGCCAAAGUGAUCUGUCUAGACUUCCAUCCACAUCUGCAGGCAGUAUUGCAGAGGCUGAUUCCUCAAUGAAGGAUUCAGAAAUUAUUAAAAAGGAGAUCAACAUAGCUGAACAUGAGAAGUCAUCAAUAGAAGGAGAAAAUAUCCAGCACACUGUCGCACAUGGACCCGGUUCUGGUUCCGUAAUGCGUCCCCAAGAAAUAGUAUCUCCCGUGCCAUCUGGACCACAACAGUCAUACUUCCAGGGAGAUAAAAGAAGAAAUAUCUCUGAAAUCCACAGGACUGAUGAAGAAAAUUUGAACAGAAAUUUUAGUUCCGGAGCCCAGGGACCAUCUUCUUUGGGUGGUAAUAGACAACAUCCAAAUUUGGAAGCUGCCUUUUUGCCCAAAGAUCGAUUACAGGAUGAAGCGUCUAAACAAUCAUUUCCACCUCCGAGGCUUCAUCAUAUGCCUGAUGGUUACAACUCCAAUUUAUUAGGAAAGGAUCAAACUCCAGAAACAGACAGAAAUGGGGUCGAACAGGGUAUUCACAUGGGGGAGAUAUCUGAUCGAUCUGCCGAUGAAGGAGAUGAUGAUCUCUCUGAGCAUGAUGGUUUUGCAUCAACUCCUCCAAAGUACACUAUAACUGAGAAAUGGAUCUUGGAUUAUCAAAAGAGAAAAUAUGAAGAAAAUGAAAAAAAAGUAUUAGGGCAGCAGAAGGUGCACAAAAGGAUGGCAGCAUCCUAUCACAAGCUAAAGGAAAAUGUCAGUUCAUCUGGAGAUCUUACUGCGAAGACAAAGAGCGUCAUUGAAUUGAAAAAGCUUCAACUUCUCGCACUUCAGCGUCGUGUGCGCAGUGAAUUCUUGUUAGACUUCUUCAAGCCUAACACAGCUGAGUUGGAGCGUGUAAAAACAGUAAAGAAGCACCGGCAUGGACGCCGUGUGAAGCAGCUUGAAAAAAUUGAACAGAAAAUGAAGGAGGAAAGGCAAAAAAGAAUACGCGAGAGACAAAAAGAGUUCUUUGCCGAUAUAGAGUCUCACAGAGAAAAACUGGAGGAUAGUUUCAAGGCUAAAAGAGAGCGUCUAAAGGGUUUCAAUCGAUAUGUAAAAGAGUUCCAUAAGAGGAAAGAGCGAAUUCAUCGGGAGAAGCUGGAUAGGAUCCAGAGGGAAAAAAUUAACUUGCUUAAGAACAAUGAUGUUGAAGGGUAUCUUAGGAUGGUCAAGGAUGCAAAAUCUGACCGUGUUAAGCAACUACUGCGAGAAACUGAGAAAUAUCUACAGAAGCUUGGCGCCAAAUUACGGGGUGACAGCUCCAUGGAUGGUCGUUCCUAUGUUUCUGGUAAGAGCGUCACUGCAAAUGAUGUUGAAGAUGAGAACUACCAGCCACAGAAUUAUCUUGAGAGCAAUGAGAAGUACUAUCAAUUGGCCCACAGUGUAAAGGAGAUUGUAAAUGACCAGCCUUCUUAUCUUCAGGGUGGGACAUUGCGGGAGUACCAGAUGAACGGUUUGCGUUGGCUUGUCUCGCUGUACAAUAAUAAUUUGAAUGGAAUUUUAGCUGAUGAGAUGGGGCUUGGUAAAACAGUUCAGGUAAUCUCUUUGUUGUGCUAUCUUAUGGAAACGAAAAAUGACCGGGGUCCAUUUCUCGUGGUGGUACCAUCAUCUGUUCUUUCUGGAUGGAUAUCUGAACUCAACUUCUGGGCACCUAGUAUAAACAAAGUUGCUUAUUUUGGUCCUCCAGAAGAAAGGCGCAGAUUGUUCAAGGAGAUGAUUGUUCAACAGAAGUUCAAUGUUCUUCUGACAACAUAUGAGUACUUGAUGAACAAACAUGAUAGGCCAAAACUAAGUAAAAUACAGUGGCACUAUAUAAUAAUUGAUGAAGGGCACCGCAUAAAGAAUGCGUCUUGUAAGCUCAACGCUGAUCUGAAGCUUUAUCGGAGUUCCCAUCGGAUAUUGUUAACAGGAACACCUCUGCAGAAUAAUCUUGAGGAGCUCUGGGCACUUUUGAACUUUCUUUUACCCAAUAUAUUUAACUCAUCAGAAGACUUCUCUCAGUGGUUUAACAAACCAUUUGAAAGCAAUGCUGAUAACUCAGCAGAUGAGGCCUUACUUUCAGAGGAGGAAAACUUGCUGAUCAUAAACCGCCUUCACCAAGUUCUUCGGCCCUUUGUACUCCGAAGACUUAAGCAUAAGGUUGAAAGUGAAUUGCCAGGGAAGAUUGAAAGACUUGUAAGGUGUGAGGCAUCAGCUUAUCAGAAACUUCUGAUUACAAGGGUGGAGGACAACCUUGGUGGAAUUGGAGCAGUUAAGGUCCGCUCGGUGCACAACUCUGUCAUGGAAAUGAGGAACAUAUGCAACCAUCCAUACCUUAGCCAGCUUCAUGUUGAGGAGAUUGAGGGUUAUCUACCUAGGCACUAUUUGCCAUCUAUUGUGAGGCUGUGUGGAAAACUUGAGAUGCUGGACAGAUUGCUACCCAAACUCAAGGCUACUGGCCAUAGGGUUCUACUCUUUUCUACAAUGACAAGAUUGCUAGAUGUAAUGGAGGAUUAUCUGGUAUGGAAAAAGUACAAGUACCUUCGAUUAGAUGGACACACAUCUGGGCAUGAAAGGGGAGCUCUUAUUGAUAAAUUUAAUGAUCCUAAUUCUCCAGCUUUCAUUUUUCUACUAAGUAUCCGAGCAGGAGGUGUUGGUGUCAAUCUCCAAGCAGCUGAUACCGUCAUCAUAUUUGAUACUGAUUGGAAUCCUCAGGUUGACCUGCAAGCACAGGCUAGAGCCCACAGAAUUGGUCAAAAGAAGGAGGUUCUUGUCUUACGUUUAGAAACAGUCCGAACUGUAGAAGAGCAAGUCAGGGCUUCAGCAGAACAUAAAUUAGGUGUUGCUAAUCAGAGUAUAACUGCUGGAUUUUUUGACAACAAUACAAGUGCUGAAGAUCGGAAGGAGUAUCUCGAGUCACUCCUACGUGAGUGUAAAAAGGAAGAAUCAGCUCCAGUGUUAGAUGAUGAUGCUCUAAAUAAUAUUCUUGCCCGCAGCGAAGACGAGAUUGACAUAUUUGAAUCUAUUGAUAAGCAAAGACUAGAUGAAGAAACGGCGGUAUGGCUAAAGGUUGUUCAGGAUGGUUCAGUUAGUGGGCUAGACCCCUCAGUAAUGCCCUCCCGUCUUGUGUCGGAUGAUGAUCUCAAGUCCUUUUGCCAUGCUAUGAAGAUCUACGAGUCAUCAAAUGUGAAAAGUGUUAAGGUAAAUGUGAGGAGGAAGGGCGAGCUUGGUGGGCUUGAUACAAAGCAUUAUGGAAGGGGAAAACGUGCUCGUGAGGUCCGAUCUUAUGAGGAUCAAUGGACUGAAGAAGAAUUUGAGAAACUUUGUCAGGCUGAAACUCCUGAUUCGCCUCAACCUGGCAGUGUAUUGAAGGAUUUAGAUAUCUCUAAAGUGAGCAAGUUGGAAGUACCUGCAGAAAGUUCAAUAGAUCCAGUCGAAGCCAAAAUAGAUCCAGUUGAAGCCAAAAUAGAUCCAGUCGAAGCCAAAAUGGACCCAGUCCCAGCUGUUCCAGACUCUUCACCAGCUAAGCGCCGAAGAGGUAGACCUAAAAGGUCAGACGUUUCGGUAUCUCCUGUUACGUCCCCAGCAAAGGCUGUCCGACAAGAGGCAGGAUCUACAUUCAGCAGUUCCGCACCAGCAAGUACCAUUGAUUCUUCAGCACCAACUGCUACCAUUAAUUCUUCUGGCCCAGAUGUUACCAUCCAUUCUGCUCAACCAGUCAGUGCUAUCCGACAGGAGAUUGGUACGGAAAUUCAGGGUACUGCUUUUGUUUCUGCUGUCCCAACUGCUACCAUGAAACCUGAGAUUGGUACUGAAGUUAAGGACUGUGUUGUUUUGGAAGGGUCUAUAGCAAAGGCGGCUGCUACAUCUGUAGAGAGUGGUCACGACAUGGUAGCUGCUAGCGUAUCAUCUCAUCCACCAGCUCCUCCUGCAUCAAGAGGCAGAAAGACACAAGCAGGUGAAAUCCCUCGCAGAAGAGGCCGAAGACCGAAAUCUCUCACCUCAUCUAGUGCUGAUGAUGUUAGUGCAAUCCCUGUGGUUGCAAUUAGUAGUGGAGCUAGUUCUGUUGAUUCUCCAUACCCUCAAGGAGCUAUGUCCUCAGCACAUGCAAGUGGUGUAUCAAGUUUUCAGAAGGAUAUGGUCACAGAUAGGCCUGUUACAUUGUUGCCACAUGGAGUUAAGGGCAUCGCCACCCCUGAAGGUAUCCCACGUGCUGCGGAAGAUAUACACGCUGCAAUUGCGGUGACUUCAGAAAAUGCAAGCUCACUGCCGCCAAAGAUCGUUCACAAUGAAAAUAUUGGAUUUGUUCAAGCAAGCUCUGAGCAAGUUCCUUCUGCAUCACUUAAUAUGCCUGUGGUUUCAGCUGGAAUAUUGAAAGCAUCACAUGUUCUGUUAGCGGAUAAGCCUGCUGAGAAGCAAGGUGCUUCACGUCGUCGCAGAAAGAAAGAGUCUGGAAGUGAGGAUACUGGAGUAAACACUCGGCAAAGAUCAGCUAUGAAGAAAUCUUAUGGUACUCCUGGUGCCACUGACAAUGUUGGUGCUGACAUUAGCACAGCUGACAAGCUAAGAAUAGUGAAGGGAAGAGAUGGCAGUUCACUUCAAGAUACUUCCAAGGAAUUACUAGAUAUGAACUCUUCUCCAUAUGACAAGUCUGGAUACGACUCUCAACCAAGAACACCUAUAGCAGUUCCCAUUAGUGAAGCUACACUUCCUGGUGGUUUUGAUGAUGCCCAUAUUGAACAUUCUGAUAUAAAUCCUAGGAUAUCCAUCAAUUCUAAUGUCCAAGAUAAAUCAGUAAAGCUACCUUUAGGAGCACAUCCCGCCGUAGCCGCACAAGCUCAAGUGCCAUGUAAAACAGGAAACGACCAUGUUGCAGCGUAUUCUGAGGUCACUACUAUUCAUUCUGGAACGGUGACUGACAAAUCAUUGCUAAAUCCUGUUAGUGAAUCCUCAAAUGUUCAAUUUGAACCACCUGAUUCUUCACUUCAUUCAGUUAAGGGUGUCAAUACAGUGCCUUUAGACGUUUCUAGUGUUGCUCCUAACAAGGCACCGGGCAGGAGGAGGAAAGGGUCUGCCUGCGAACCACGCACCAGAAGUAAAUCUGCAACAGCUGCAUGUGAACGGCGUGCUCGACUAGCUGGAUCAAAGCAGACAGGCGAUGCGAAAAAUUUAGAAAUAUUGGCAAACCCAAGCACAACGGUUUCUGUUUCUUCAGUUGAGCAACAGGGAACAGCCCCAGCAGAGCUUCUCAUCUCUUCUGUCUGUCAAGAACAGAAGAAGGGUGCUUCUGUCGAUGUGACUAGUUGUAAGCAAGAUACUAUGAUAGUUGAAGCACUGCAGACUGAUGAUAUUUCUGGAGGCUCUGCUAGUCACCUGCAUGCUGCUUUACAAGGGAGUUCAGAGAACAGUUGCUCACAAAAUCUGUUGGCAUCUGGGAACAAAACAGAGGAAAUGGAAGGAACUUUGGAUAAGAAUCAGGAGAAAAAAGAUCACCCAGAAACAGGAAAGAAAGACUCUACUAUGUUGAUGUUAGCAGACCGCCAAACCCCUUUUGAUGCCUCAGAUAAGGAUACUAAGGACACUCUUGCUCCCACAGAAGCUGAUGCCAGUGAUCUGCAUAGUGACGUUGCUUCUGUUGGUGUGACUAGUCCUAAGCAAAACAGUACGAUAGUUGAAACGUUGCAAACUGAGAAUAUUUCUGGACGCUCUGCUAGUCAUCUGCCUGUUUUACUAUCAGCAGACUCAAAUCAGGCUGCAGGCCAAAAGGGGAGUUCAGAAAACAGUGGCUCUAAAACAGUGGCUCAGACAAAUGAUGAUACGGACAGUACACCUGCAGGGAGAUGUUCUCCUUCAGAAGAUAAAAAAGAGGACUGUUGUGCCCAUGUAGUUGAUGGCGGUGACUUGGUAAGCAAACACAUUCCUGCUGAAGCUCUCAAUGCUUUGUUAACCCAUUCGAGUAAAGAUGCCAGUGUGGUAGAAGUUAUGUCUAUCAAUGAUGCCACCUCUGCUUGUGAAGUAAAGAAGGAUCCUGAGAGUCAUCUAUCAGUGCCAGUACCAGUCUCUGCUGCUACGAAUACUGGUGAUGACAGUAAGGAAGCUCACAGUGUUCCGUCCACCCAUUCUGAUGGAGAGGCCAGCAUGGUAGAAGAGUAUGCUGGGCCUAAGAUUGAGUGCACCAUACAAAUGCCGAGUCCCGAUGAGAAGAGUACCGAGGUUCAUAGUUUGGUGCAAGUGGAGAUGGUAUCAGCUGCAGAACAAGCAUCUACUAAAGAUGAUAAAGAACAAAAGCCGGUUGAUAUUACAGUUUUGUCUGGUGGGGAACAAGAAAUACUGCAAGUUAAUGCUGAUAAUAGCAUUGAUGAGGGUGCAAAGGACCAUUGCCCUGAAACUUGUUUGGCAGGCAGCCAAUCUCUAUGUGAAGUCUCAGAUAAGGACGUUGUCCAAACUAAAGAUGAUCGCACUGAUAUGCAGACUGAAGGUAACAUUGCUGGUAUGAACGCUGCUAACCAAGACACUGCUGAAACCAAAGCUACUAGUGACUUGCCCGCUGCUUUACAACCAGCUGGCUCAAAUCUGCCAGCAGAACAAGAUGGAUUAGAGAAUAGUGCCUCUAUAGCUGCUUCUCCAAAUGAACAUGAGAAAUUGGAAGAAACUUCAAGUGAAACUGGUGGUGGCAAUUUGAGCUGUAGUCGGGCUGAUGAUGACUCUCAUGCUGUGAAUUUAGUUGGAUAUUCUCCUUCAGAAGGCUCGGAUGAGGAUUCUGCCAAGGUAGCUGAAGCUGGUGACUUAGAGGGAAGUAAAGAAACUACUCUUGAUGUUGUCUCUGCUAUUGCUGGAGGAGCAGAACCCAGGGGUGGUUCUUCAAUUUCUCGAGGAGCAGAACCAGAGCCUGUUUGUGAAACUCCUGUUCAUGUGCAAGAAGGUAUUUCAGAAGCUGCUGAUCCGGAGGAUGGUAGCACAAUGGACCAAGGUAGCGUCCAAGUAUCUACGGCAGAACCAGAAGCAAAGAAAGAUGCAAAGAAAGAUGACGAUGCACCUACUCAGAAGGAAAACGUCGGGUUGGCUGCCAUAGAAUCAGAGGCUGUGGAGCAUGCUGGUACAGAACCUGAUCUAAAUAAAGAAGCAUCUAUGCCUCCUCAAAAGGAAACCCUGAUUACAGGAGCAGAACUGAAUGAAGAAGCAAAUACAUCUGCUCUAGACGAAAAGACCGUCGAACCAGUUGCCACAGUGCCAGAUCAUUUGGAGCAUGCUAGUACUGAACAGCCUGGAGAAGAUUUAAAGGUGCUGAACACUCAACCAGCUCCUGGUGGCGAAACUUCAAAUCUUGGACAAGCCAAUACUGAACAGCUGUUGCAAACUUCAUCGGGUGAGGAUAUGGCAAUUACAGGAGCUAAAACUGAGCAUGCAUGUGGAACUUCAGAUCAAAAGGAAGCUGAUGUGGCAGCUGAUGAGUCUCCUGCUGUCGCGGGAGAGGAGGUGCUGAACACUGAAAUUGCCCCUGACGGUAAAACUCCCAAGGGUGGGAGAGUCUGAUGCCGCUCAAUUGCCACCUUCGCCCAAUGAGGGCUAGUGAGCCUGCCAGCCUCCUAGCACUGACUUGUUCCCUAAUGUUUGAAGUGCUAAAAUGGAAGUAGCUGUUGUUCAGGAGUAACUGCCGUUCAGUGUAGGAACAGAUGCAUGUAAACCAGAUGGAACUGCGAGGGAAUCAACAAACAGCAAAGACAGAGCUUCGUUUUGGAUCAUCUGUCUCUAGCCCCAGGUCUUGAUGAAAGUUAGAAGUAGGUUAUGCAAAUGUUGUAUGUAGAACAUAUUGAGAAAAAACUGUUGUAUUCAGAGCACCUGUUGAUGCAUAAGUUAUAAUUGUCUAAUGCUUUCGCCAAAA